GGAGGAUUCGAGAUGCGGUGGGGUCAGGGUUUGACCAGCCGAAGAAUAUGUGGGGAAAUCUGAGGCUCCGAAUGUGCAUUGCGGCUUAUUAUGUGUGAGGUGAUUGGCGGGUACUUGUGUUUAUUUUGAUUAUGGGAGAACGGGGAGGUAUGUAUAAAGAGGGGAAGUAUCACAACGAGAGACAGAGGAUGUGAAAUACAGUGUAGUGAGACUUGAGAUUACCAGCAAGAAAACGCAUCGAUAUCUAUCCUUCGCAGACAUAAUCACUACCAACCAAAUAUCAAACAAAAUCAUGGUCACCACACGCAAACGGAAGUCUCUCGAGCUGGAAGCUUGUGUAGCUGCUGCUGCUGCUUCGUGUAAGCGAGUGUGCGCGAAAUACACGGAUGAACCUCCUUCGCCACAACAUAUUGUCAAUGAACCACAGACUCCCCAAGCAGACAAAAAACGCAUCACAAUCCGCCUCAUCACCCCCUCCGCACCUAAGAAAAUGCGUCUCAGGAUACCAAUCAGACUCCCCAAGACAACAACCAGAGUCUUAACACCAUAUCCAAGUCCACCUUUAGAUUCCUACUCAGAUAAAUACACGCCAAAACUUUUAGAAAGUGUAUUUGAAGCCCGCCAGGAGGAGGAAGAGCGACAGUGUGAGGAAAGAGAUGUAAAUGAACUUCUAGAUCUGUAUUUCCUCGCAGAUGGGUUCGGACGGGAGGAUUUGAAGAGAGAGAUUAGAGGGAGGCUGGAGAGAGGGGAGUGGAUUGGAAAGGUGGAGAAGGAGGGAUUGAAGAGGUGUUUUGGGGAGUUGGAGAGGGAGGAUGGGGUGAGGAGGUGGGUUGUUAGAGCAUUGGUGGCGGUUUGGAGCGGGGGUGAGGGGUUGGGGUAUGAGAUUAUGGGAGAAGAUAUGGGAGGGCAACAAGAUUGGAGUUGGGUAAGUGAGGAGAUGAGAGAGGAUGUUUUGACGGCGUUGAGGAAUGGUGAGGAAGAAGAUGAGUUCUAAGCGAGCUGGCGAGGAAAAGUGUAAACAGGAAAUGACCGUCGUAUUGAGCAUCCUAUGUACAAUAUUUACUUGGCAUCUUGUUGGAGGCUAACCAACUCAACACUGAUCCGCCUUCUUCGCGUCUUCCAACAACACAUCCGUCGCCUUUCCACUCAC